UGGAAAAGUGAAAGAAACCCUUAGGCGACGCAUUGUGUUCACAUUAAGCUUCUUCAUUCAGUCAGCGCCCUGGGCUAAACAUGGCCAAAUCUAUUAAGGAUCAUCUUCAGGACGCUUUUAGUGAUAUUGGGGCGGAUAAUAUAAGAAGGUUUCAAAGCAGACUGGGCGAUCGGAAGCAGGAACCGCGCGUCCGAAAAUCUACAAUCGAAAAGCUGAAAGACGAGAUAGAUCUGGCUGAUUUAAUGGUCAACACUUUCACAUCUAGAGACGCAGUUUCUGUAACAGUGGACAUUUUGAGGGCGAUCAAGUGUAAUGCAGUAGCAGAGGAGCUCUUGGAGAACACAAGGCAAGGAGGAGUUUCCCAGCCGGAGCCACCUGUACCAGAACCAAUUCCGAAGCAUCCAGCUCAGUUGAAUGAACUGAAGGUUACUCCAUGCAGCCAGCAAUUUAAAAACAAAAUUCUUAGAGAAAAAGGACAGGAGAUUUAUGAAACAAAAGAGAAAUCUGUCCGAAAACGGCUAGCCCUGCUUAUCAACAAUGUGGAUUUUGACGAUAAGGCUAUGAAAAGGAGCGGUGCAGAAAAAGAUGAAGAGAACAUGGAAAAGCUGUUAAAGGAGCUGGAUUAUCAAGUUGUCAAGAGUUCAAAUCUUUCAGCAAAGGACAUGGAUGAGGCCAUCAGGGACUUUGCUCAACGUGAGGAACACAAGUAUUCAGACAGUGCAUUUGUGGUUAUAAUGUCCCACGGCAAAAGGGACGCCAUUAUGGGUGUCCAUUACCAUAAGACAAACAACCCUUCUGAUUCCUUUCCGGUUGAUAAUGUCUACCGCCAUCUGAACUCAGAGAAUUGUCCAGCUCUGCGCAAUAAACCAAAGGUUAUUCUUAUCCAAGCCUGCAGGGGAGGUGAGCAUGGCCGUGUUUGGGCCAGUGAUGGUGAGCCUGAUGAGUCAAUGGAAAUAGAGGAUGAUGACUUUGUGCAUAAGGAGAAAGACUUCAUUUCUCUGAUGUCGUGCACCCCAGACACCAAAUCUUACCGGCAUGUUCAGAAUGGAACGUUUUACGUCCAAACCGUAGUGGAUGUGUUCAUGAAAUGUGCACAUGAGGAUCACAUCGAGGAACUGUUCAGGAAGGUUCUAAGACGUUUCGACACCCCAAAUAUGAUGGGAAACUACAAGCAAAUGGCAUGUAAAGACAGAGCAACGCUGCCGAAGUUGUUCUACCUGUUCCCCGGACUCUGAUAUCCAGGAGUCAAUUAUAAGUUCACAUCUGUGAAUUUUAGACAGCCGUGUGCAUUUGCUUCUUCAAUGAUUCCUGAAAAGACUUUACAGUAUGUCUAAAAAAUAGCUUUCAAAUGAAGGAAAAAAAUGAUAUAAACUGACUUAAAUUGUUUACUUGCAUUCCUCUGAACUAAAAACCUGUUCUGAUACAAAACAUUCCAGUUUCACAUAGACAUGGCUGUAUUUGUGACCUGUGUUAUGUGAAAGCCUGAAGAGCUCAUAACACCACAAGCAGAAAUUAAAACACACCUUCAAAAAAAUCUGAAAUUGAUUGAUUUUAAUAUGAUCAACACCAAUCAAUUGAGUUAAUUGUUUUUACAAAUUUAAGUGGAUUCAACAUAAAACAAUUAAGUUGUCUAAAAAAAAACCUUAAGAAUUGUGUUGGUUCAACUCAUUUUGAAUAAGUAGUUUGUACAAACAGCAAGCGUCAUUUUUUGGAGUGCAUAUGGCUAUAUCCAACAUAGGCUCAUUCUGAAAAUGUAGCCCUAUAUACAUCUCUGGAGAUCCUUAAUUAUGUAUUCAGAAGUACGUAUGGCUGCAUUUCAUCUUUAAAACAAACACUACGGGGCGGUAUGAUAUUGUUCCUUUUCACGCUUACCAGCUGACUGCUUACCUCCAUAUGGACUGUUUUCCGGCAGUUACCAGUUCAUCUGGUAGCUCACCAUGUACGUCAGCAGACUUGAGAUGCAGAGAGGAGUUGACCACAAUGACGGGGUUCGAGUCCAGUGAAGAACGGUUCCAGAAAGCAGUUAAGACAAAAACAGAAGCCAAAGAAUAAAAUAAACAACCAACUAACACGGUAUGAAUGUGGUGAAACGUGGUAAAAAUCAGGCGAGAGGUUUUCUUUUUCAGGAUUGCUUUAUAAAUUUGUCGAUUGGGAAGUGGGUGUGCAGGCCAAUUGGUGCUUUUGAAAACACUAUUGGUUGGGUUUAGGGAAGGAGGAGGGUGGAUCAGUCAAUCAGUCAUUUAGUCAGUCAAACAGUCAGUCGACAGCGGCAUCUGGUGGAUUUACUCAAGAAGAGCAGGCUCGAAUGGCACUCACCAUAGAAAUUUGAGAUCUCAAAAAGCAUACACAGCAGCCUCUCGUGGAUUAGCGAAAACAAAAACUGCAAAAAAACAUACCUCCUGGGACGUAUUUGAUGGUCUCCAGAAAUAUAUAUAGAAGUACGUUUUCAGAAUGAGCCUGGGUUGUCUAUAUCUGUAACCAUUUGCUGUCCAAAGUGCAUUUUAAAUGCAGCUUAUGACACCAUCUCUACAAUAUCUCAUUGAUUUACAUUACAAACAGUCCAAAAUUUAUAUUUUUUGGCCAUCAGCAAUUUUACCAAAUCUCUGUCUGAGUUUUGUUGGUUUGUUUUGAGCUCUUUGGGUAUUAUUAUAUGACCCAUAAACAUCUGAUAUACAACUAUAGUGAAAUAACCUUCAUCUUCAAUCACGACAACUGAAAACAUUUAUUAUUCUCACAAGAUGUCAUUUUUAGUGGGAGAAAAUGUCUCUAAAUAGAAAUACUUUUAUUUGGGAGAAAUGUGUUUGACUUUUAUAGAAUAAAACAAAUAUUAAUAUUUUACUCAAACUUAUACCUAAUAAAUCCAGAGGAACUGAGAAUCCUCCAGCGCUCACUUUAUGCACUGUAUUACAAAAGCUAUAAAACUAAAUGCAAACUCAAUGUCAUUGUCUUUGAUUAUAAAAAUAUGAAUAAUAAUAAUACCACAGUGUUAUUAGUUUUCCAAACAUGUCAUUUUUUAUUAAAUUAUGACAAUAUACCUUGGAGGCCAGUUCCAGUGUCUAUGAAGUAGACUGAAUAACAUUGAGGAAGUGAAAGCAGUUGCAUUAGUUUCCGGGCACAACAUGGAGCUAUGAGCAGUUUCAGAAGGGUCUGAUCACAUGAAACCUGCAGAGAAAACUUCAAAUCGCUGUGAGCUAGUGACAAUGAACUACGGUUAGUCACAAAAUCACAGCAGUAACGAGAAAGGCAAGUCAAGUUUAGCUUUAGUGUCAUUCCGCUACAUGUGUGGACAAUUUCAGAGGGGGGAAAUUGACUGGAGUUGAGGGCUCUAACAGCCUGUGGGAAGAAGCUGUCGAGUAGGCUAGCUGAGCAGGCUCUAAUACUUCGAAACCUUUUCCCCCCCCUUUCCACCCCCGGUCUUCACUUCGCCUUUCCCACAAAACAACCCCACCCCCCCGGGUUUGUACUUUGCGU